AUGCCGAUGUUAACUCAUAUAUCAAAUGGAACUGAUGAUGAUCCUUCCAGAUGCUAUAUAUGCCUUUGCAAUAAGGGAGAGAGAGCUCCCUACUGUUCUCGCCGAGAGUCUGACGACUUCAUUAGACCCUGCAAGUGCUCAUUAGUGGCGCACAGGAAGUGUUUUCUCUCCUGGGUUUCUAGCUUGGCAAUUCCCAAAGUGAUUGGCAGAGAUGACAGUGAGAAUAAUCGGUUUGGUAUUCCUAUGCCCUUCACUAGUACCCCCAAUCCAAGUGCCUCUGCAUAUCACUGCUCUAUCUUCAGGCUCUUCACUGGCACAUUGUCUCCUGCAUACGAUAAGAUGUGCGUAUUUGUGGAUUGCCCACAGUGUAGAAGACAAAUCUGUUUGGCCACAAAAAACAGCUUGAUCUUAAACUUCAGGAGAUUUUGUGAACAGAUUGUUGAUAAUGUGGGGUCCGCAGCACUGGUCUCGGGCGUGAUAACGACUGCAUGCGUUUCGCUUAUGGCUUCGGCCUUAUUUUCGUUAGGUGUGGCAGGCCAGGAUAUACUUGAAGUUAUGGCCAAGCCUAGUGUACAGCUAGGAUUAUAUGGGACAAAGCAUUUUCCGUCCAUCAGUAUAUCUGAUGCAUUGGAUAAGAGUUUGAUAAGCCCGCAGAGGUUUGUCUCUGUUACAUGCUUCGUGCCAUUAUACACCAUGUAUAUGAAUUCUGCAUUGCCGUUUGGCAUACAGACUGAUAUGAUGCUCAUUAUGCUAUCGUAUUCGUUGUUCAACGACCCUGAUGGCUUAGUCGAUACGAUACCGUGCCGUAUCUUAAGAAGACUGGCAUUUAUGAAGGUAGGUUUCAAAGCCCUUUAUAAUAUAACCCUUAACCGAGCUUAUUACAGAUGGCAUAAGACUAUUCAACCUUGCUUCUUUGCUGAUAAGAUGUCGGCUGCAGACCUACAAAGAAUUGAAGCUGAAAUCGAACAAGAUACUGAACGUGAAAAUCAAGAAGAGGCAGCGGAAAUUAAAGACGCAACUUACCCCUUUGCUUUACGAAUGUUUAGAAAGACGGGAAGAUUUCUAUCAUCGAUGGCCCAUGAUUGGUGGAGAGAGAUGAUUCUAUGCUACACUGUGGAUUUCUCCCGAAUGUUUGGCUCAAGUUCUUUGUACAGACGUGUGUUAUCUACAUUUCUUCUUCCUAGGGUUGGUGUGUUUGUCAGCACGAAUCUUUUGGUACUAGUUCCGGGAAUCAAUGGUUUUCUCAGCAAGUUUAGUGACACUCCAGAUGAAAGUCUUUUCUUAAGGAACAUUCUUGGAUGCGUCACAGUUGCCUUUGGAAGAGAGCUGUUGUCAUUCUCCUUAAAUUAUUUUAGGUAUAGACAGUUUCAAAGUAUCGACGUCGAUGCAGAUCCUUCGGAUUAUUGGAAAUAUAUGGCGGACGUAUAUCAGGACGGGAAUUCUACGGCAUCCACUGCUGACGAUAAUGCAGCUAACGUGUAA